UGCUGGAAGUAGCGACUUUAAGACCACUAUUCCAUGCGCUGUUAUUAGUAUUCGUUGCUUGUUGUAUGGAUGUGUAACUUUGCAGCUUGCGUUCGGCCCAAAAUAGUUUAAUCUCGAUAAAGCGCUGUGUCCGAAAUCGCGGCUCCUUUAAAAGAGUAGUGCACUAGAUAGGGCGGGAGUAGAACGCGUUUCGGUUUAUGACGGAGGACGUAAAAGUAGGGGAGACGUCGGUAUUUGGGAUUAGGUUAAAGGGGUUGUACCGCAGAACGAUGUCAGAAACUGACAGCUGCGAUGUAGAAGGUUAUUAUUCAUCUAGUAUAAAUAGAUCUGGUUAGACUGACUUAUUUCGCUAAAAGGAGGAACUGUGAUGCUUAUUUAAUCCUCUAUUAGCCGGCAUAACUGUAAUAAGACAGACAGGAUGCAGAGUGCCAGUCCCGGGAGUAGGGAUCUAGGGUAUUUUCCCUCUGUGUACUCAACCUUUCCACACUUUCCUGAUAUGAGCAUCUCAAAGGGACAAACCAACGGCUCGCUCCACCUGCCAGGAAGCUCCAUGAUCAACUCGAGCUGGGAGCGGAGAUGUCUGAGGAAGCACAGGAGAAGGACAGACGAUGAAGGCUGCAGUGCCAAAAGACCAAAGAUGAUGGACGUGGGAGAAUCCAAUCCCUUGGAGGACACACGCUCCAGACCAGUCCCGGGGUGGAUGGCCGAGUGCGCCACAGGUUCCCGCACAGUUCAGCACUGCACUACGGCCGUCCCGCCGUGCCCAAACUCCCAGUACAAUCAAAACACUUUACCUGCUCCCAGGGUGGAGACGGAGGGCUCCUGUAUGGAGGUGGAGGCGGCGCAGAGGAAGCUGCAGGAAAUCGAGAACAGAAUCACUCUGGAGGAUGACAGCGAUGAGGAUCUGGACGUAGAGCCGCCUCAGCGCCGACCCGUGCUCGUGCUGUCAGACAGCCUGAGGGAGGGGCUACAGCGCGGCAUCGCCGACAUUCUCCCUCAUACAGUAGCGCAAUCAGUGAGCCAUUCGUGUAUGGAGCUGGUGCUGUGGCGCCCCCCGGAGGACCCUUUCACUCAGCAGCUGAAGGACUCUCUCCAGAGACAGCAGCGUAAACAGCAGCCGGCGUGCAGACAGACCCCGACACCCAUCCCCAUCCCUAAAGGGCCAGACGAACACACCUUCAGCUCACUCAUCUCAGCCUCCGGCUCCACAGAGGAGGACAUGGAGCUAUAGACUCGAGUCUGCGAGCAUUAAACAUGACUUUCUCCACCGCUCCACCUUCAACCGGAGGAUUUUCUUUUGAGGUUCUGCCAAAAACGUCAGAAGGUCGAACUCUUGGUAUCGCAAUACGAAACGCGAGUUUUGUUGCCAUGUCCUAGCAUCGUAUACUGUAUCCUUAGUUUGCAGUUUCAGAUAGUGGUUUUGUCACGGAGUUCCGCGUCACAAGGACCUCACUACUACUAUUCAUCAUGCACGUCUCAAAAUAUUACCAUAACGCAGAUACGAUGUGAUACGGUGUAUUGUGACUACAUGGCGAUUUGUUUCCAGCCGAUCCAUUAUACAGGAUAUUUUUGCUUCUGGUUGUCUUCACUAUCUCACUAGUUCUAAUCUGUUCUCAGAAAUAAAAAAAAGCUUGACAAUAAAACGGAUUCAUACACAGCAGUAAAGCCAUAGAUAGACUCAAAUAAGUAGCACCUUAUAAUGACAUCCCACAGAUCCUUAGCGUUCUGUUCAACACUUCUUGGUACAGGGAGACCUGCGUUACAGUGUCCUGUUUAUGAGAAAUGAUUUCUCGCUAGUUCUUCACCCAUCAGACGUCUCUACAGAGUCUAUCUGUAACGUCUGAUGACAAGAAUUUCUGCAUUUUUCCCUCGCGAACGUUUUGACUUAACACUCACUCGUAAAGGAAGGAGCUGAAGGAAUAAAACGCAGCGUGUCGUGCUGUCAGAGGAAAAAUAAUCAGUGAAACAUCAACUCCUGAUAUAUCCCGAAGUGUUUUAUUCCUCUUAUGUGACACACAAUUCUAUUACAGUGUUAUUACAAUGUAAUAAAGAAUGCCGUUCUGUUUAAAAUAAAUAACAUGACUGACACUGGAGACUCCUUCCAUAAACAUUCGGGAAAUGUCUCCUCACAGAGAAGAGACUAAUUUCCCCAGACAAGUCCCUGAGAAUGAAUCCCUGUUUCUAUGGUAACUACAUUUAAUUUAAUUGAACGAUAACGAGCACUUUAAUCCAUAUGAACUUCCCGGGGAUUUGCGUAUCGUAUACAAGCUUUAAAUUAAACUUCAUGUGUUUUUCUGUUCUUUUUUUUAAUUAUUAACUAGAGAGAAAAGUGCCACAGUUCUUGUCUUGUGCUUACAGAUGCCGAGGAUAAAACACUUCUGGACAUUGUGACCCCUUUUUUUUU